CAUACUCAUAUCCGCAAACACAAAUCUAAAAUUAGGAUUCUCGUAAUUAUUUCUGCGAUAUUGCGAAUUUAAUUUCUAGAUUCAGAAAUAAUUCUCUCAUAUUAGCAAAAGAAAUUAUAUAAAGAGAAAAAAAAAGAACCGCUUUCCUCAUGCAGUGAUUCCAUCGUUGAUCUAAUUUUAAGCCAAUUGGAGUUGAGCGCACUACGGUGAGCUCCGACCAGUCAGAGAGAAAUAUCAAAGCGGCGAAUCGGGAUUUUCCGGCGGCCGAGAUGCGGAGGAUUGUGUUGCCGGCGGCGGCGGCCGUGUGGUGGUUGUGCUGCGUCGUGGGGGUUGUGAGGGGCGGAUCUGCCGGUGGAUUCGGGAGACUGAACGAUACUUAUGCGGCGAUUUCGCUACUGGAGAGCAAGUUGUUGGCGCCGUCGUCUCCGCAGCCACUAAGGGUGCCUCUCACGCUUAUACAGGGUGCUGACUCCAAAGGAGCCGUUUGUCUGGAUGGAACACUACCUGGUUACCAUCUACACCUUGGUUCUGGAUCAGGUGCUAAAAACUGGCUCAUCCAAUUGGAGGGUGGUGGAUGGUGUAACAAUCGCAGGAGCUGUGUCUUCCGGAAAACCACUCGACGUGGUUCAUCAAAGUACAUGGAAAAAGUUCUACCCUUCACCGGAAUAUUGAGCGACAAACCUGAUGAGAAUCCUGACUUCUUCAAUUGGAACAGAGUCAAAUUGCGUUACUGUGAUGGUGCGUCGUUCACUGGAGAUAGUCAGGACGAGAGUUCUGGACUCUACUACCGAGGACAACGCAUCUGGCAAGUGGCUAUGGAAGAAUUGCUUUCUAAAGGAAUGCAGAAAGCAGAGCAGGCUCUGCUUUCUGGAUGUUCAGCUGGAGGAUUAGCUUCUAUCUUGCACUGUGAUGAGUUCAGGGAACUAUUACCUUCCACUACGAAAGUGAAGUGCUUAAGUGAUGCUGGAAUGUUUCUGGACGCAGUGGAUGUAUCUGGAGGCCGUUCACUCAGGAAUAUGUUCCAAGGUGUUGUUACGCUUCAGAACCUAGAAAAGGAACUCCCCAGUAUUUGCACAAACCACUUGGACCCAACUUCGUGCUUCUUUCCCCAGAACCUGAUUUCAGGCAUCAAAACUCCCAUGUUCCUUCUCAACGCAGCAUAUGACGCUUGGCAGGUCCAAGAGAGCUUAGCCCCUCCGUCUGCCGACCCAGGUGGCCUCUGGAAGGCAUGCAAAUCUGAUCACUCUCAUUGUAAUUCAUCACAGAUCCAAUUCUUCCAAGACUUCAGGAAUCAAAUGGUGAAUGUCGUAAAGUCCUUCUCGGAAUCUGCUGAGAACGGUCUGUUCAUAAACUCUUGUUUCGCGCACUGCCAGUCCGAAAGACAGGAUACUUGGUUUGCAGCCGAUUCUCCCAGCAUGGAGGGCAAGAGAGUUGCGGAAUCAGUGGGCGACUGGUACUAUGACAGAGCAACUGUCAAGGCCAUAGAUUGCCCCUAUCCAUGCGACAAAACAUGUCACAAUCUGAUUUUCAAUGUUGUUACAUCCGCACUAGAGAUCUCCGCUUCGUCCAGGUUUUAUAUUUCCCUCUUUCCCCUGCUUGUCAGUGCCUCUGUGGUCCCUUUGAUGUUGACUGAAUUCGUCCCCCGGAUUCUGAGUUAGGUUCCAUUAGUGAAGAGGGAAGCCUCUUCUUCCUUGCAAUUUCAUUAAAUCACAAGGCAUCACCAUGUUGCGCACACAAUAUUCUAUUCAAGAUUUAAAUCUCUAGCUAAUGAAAUCUUUUUUUUGUUUGCCCGUCA